GAGAAAAGAUUGAGCCGUCGCUGUUUUCUGCUCCAAAAGGGGACGAUCACGAGGACGAGGCUUAUAAACUCCUCUUCAUCCUGUUCUCCCUCCAUCGAGCUCCUCGGUCGCCCUAGGGUUUCGAUCUCAUCUCGAUUUCGGUGCGUGAGAUGAGAUUGGGGAGAUUAGGGCAAUGGGGAUGAAGAAGGUGGGCAAGUACGAGGUCGGCCGUACGAUCGGCGAGGGGGCGUUCGCCAAGGUCAAGUUCGCCAGGAACUUGGAGACUGGGGAGAGCGUCGCCAUGAAAGUCCUCGAUAAGUCCACUAUCCUCAAGCACAUGAUGGCUGAUCAGAUCAAGAGGGAAAUCUCCAUAAUGAAAAUUGUUAGGCAUCCUAACAUAGUCAGGCUGCAUGAGGUUUUAUCCAGCAAGACAAAAAUAUACAUCAUUAUGGAAUUCAUAAUGGGAGGAGAACUAUUUGAUAAAAUAGUUCACCAAGGAAAACUCUGGGAGAAUGAAUCAAGGCGUUAUUUUCAGCAGCUAAUUGAUGCAGUUGAUUAUUGCCAUAGUAAAGGUGUUUACCACAGAGAUUUAAAGCCUGAGAAUCUUCUCCUUGAUUCCCAAGGAAAGCUAAAAAUUUCAGAUUUUGGCCUGAGUGCUCUACAGCAGCAAGGAGUUGGGCUUCUUCAUACAACAUGUGGCACCCCAAAUUAUCUUGCUCCAGAGGUACUCAGCAAUGAAGGCUAUGAUGGAUCUGCAGCAGAUGUAUGGUCGUGUGGAGUUAUACUUUAUGUUCUAAUGGCUGGAUACCUCCCUUUCGAAGAGUGCGACUUCUCAACAUUGUACAAGAAGAUCAGUGCAGCUGAAUUUUCUUGCCCGUUAUGGUUCUCCGAUGGUGUGAAAUCAUUGAUACGCAGAAUACUUGAUCCUAACCCAAAAGCUCGCAUAACCAUUGAAGGAAUAAAAAAUGAUGCAUGGUUCAGGAGAAAUUAUGUUGCUGUGAGACAUGGUGAUGAGGAAAAGGUUGACUUGAAUGAUGUUAAUGCUGUUUUCGAUGACAUUGAGGAGCAAUAUGUGUCUGAGAAGGUCGAGGGUGCUGGUAGAGGUCCUCUCAUAAUGAAUGCUUUUGAAAUGAUCACCUUAUCUCAAGGGUUGAAUCUUUCAGCUUUAUUUGACAGACGCCAGGAUUAUGUGAAACGUCAAACUCGUUUUGUUUCUCGCUACCCAGCAAGGAAAAUUGUUGCAGCUAUUCAAGAAGUGGCUGUAACCAUGGCUCUUAAGGUUCAAUCCAGAAAUUACAAGAUUAGGAUUGAAGGAGGGUCCUCAAAUAAAAUGGGUCCAUUUGCGGUGGUUAUAGAGGUUUUCGAAGUUGCUCCAGCUCUCUUCAUGGUUGAUGUCCGGAAGGCUGCUGGUGAAACUCUGGAAUAUCACAAGUUCUAUAAAACUUUAUGCAGUAAACUGGACCACGUCAUCUGGAAACCAACGGAAGGAGGUGCUAGGCCAUCUCUUACCAGGACGGCAACUUGCUGACUUCGAAAUUUUUGGUGUGUGUUGCAAAUGGAUGUACGUUGUACAUGAAGAAGUGUACAGUAUGCACAUUCAAAUCUCAGCCUUGAAGGAUGCUUUUGCCUGCUGAAGUUGUGGAGAUAUGCAUGGAUAUCUUGGCACUUCCCUCUCAAUGAUCCCUCUAGUGCAUGUCUUGUGUCACUUCCUUCUCAGUGAUCCUCUAGUGUAUGUUUUAUGUAAUUAUGUCUUGUAAUCUAUCAUAGGAAACCUACACUGGCUCUGGAUGUAACUAUAAUAUGAAGCGCGUUUGUUUAUGCUUUGUAUAAAAUUUAUCAUUGCGAGAAAAUAGGCUUGUGUUCUAAUUCA